GAUUCCAGCUCUUCCUCCUCAUCUUCCUCCUCUUCUGAUAGUGAGGAUGACAAGAAGAAGAAGAAAAAGAAAAAGAAGAAGAAGAAGAGUUGCAGCUCAUCUGAUGAAAGCUCCUCCUCUUCCUCAUCCUCUUCUUCCUCUGAAAGCGAUGACAAAAAGAAGAAGAAGAAGAAGAAAGACAAGAAAAAGAAAAAGAAGAAAAAGAAGGAUUCUUCUUCUUCCUCUUCAUGCAGUGAUUCUUCCAGUGACGAGGAUAAGRAGAAAAAGAAGAAGAAAAAGGACAAAAAGAAGAAAAAUGAUAAAAAGAAGAAGAAAAAGGACAAGAAGAAGAAAAAGGACAAGAAGAGGAAGAAGGAUUCGUCUUCUUCCUCUUCAUCCAGUGAUUCUUCAAGUGAUGAYGAGAAAAAGAAGAAGAAAAAGAAGAAGGAUAAGAGGAAGAAGAAAGACAAGGAAAAGGACUCAGACUUUUCUGGCAGUGAUGACAAGAAGAAGAAGAAGAAGAAAAAGGAUUCCAGCUCCAGUGACAAGGAAAAUAAAGAGAAAAAGGACAAGGAGAGAGAGGAGAUCCCUGAUGGAGACCAAAGCGACAAGCCUCAAAUGGACGUUUCAGGCUCAGGUGGCAGCCAGUUUUUCACCUCAAGCCGAAGCAGCACUGACCCGAGCGGUGCCAGCUCAACACCCUCGACGUCUUUUCGAUCCAAACUCGAUGUGAAGUUGGAUCCUCUGAGUCCUACUUCUUCMGAUUCCAAACCAUCCAGCUCCGGUUCUGCCUCCAUAGUCAGCUCUCACCUGACUGUUGUAGACAGACCCUUGACCCGCARACCUCUCAGCCCCAUGGAGACCCUGAUGGGGAAUCCACAGAAGUUGGGAGACGGAACAACCCGAACCACCGGUCACCUCUCUUCCACUGAUCUGCUGAAAGGCCCCAGACCUUAAGAUGCCRUAGGGUUAAAAAUA